AGCCCCUGCACUUCCCAAAAGCGCUGCUGAGAACUUUCCCAGCCCAGCCCACAGGUGGCUAGAGGGUCAGACCUGACGGAGAGGAUCCGCCUCUCCCAGCCCGGGGCUCAGGAGGGCGAAGAUUGGUUCCCAAGGCCACGUGAAGCGCCCAAACAGGCAAGACUGAUGCCAGAAGAAAGUUAAGAUCGCCCCAGCCUCUGCCACGCAGCGCCCUGCUGCCACCCCCAAGUGAGGCCCUUGCAACAGCUGUCACCGCCCGCCCGGCGCCAGCGGGACCUAAUCCAACCAAGCGGAGGUCACAGCGGAGGAGCGAUGUCCCACCGCAGCCCUGGCAGGAGCCUGGGGCCGUCACCGCCGCCGCUGCGGGGGCCGCUGCUGCUGCUGCUGCUGCUACCCUUACCUAGCUCGGCAGAAGUCUACUAUGCAACUGCGUACUGGGUGCCUGACCUGCAGACGGUGGAAAUCAAGAAUGUUCUGGACAAGAGUGGUGAUGCCUAUGGCUUCUACAAUGUCUCCAUCAACACCAUAGGCUGGAACGUCCUGGAGAUCAGAUCUGGGUAUGGCACCCAGGAGCUGAGCAAUGAGAUCACCAUGUUUCUGGCCGGAUACCUCGAAGGUUACCUCACCGCUCUAGAAAUGUAUAACCACUUCACGAACCUGUACCCGCAGCUGAUCAAGGACCCUUCUAUCAUUGACAAAGUGCAGAACUUCAUGAAGAAACAAGAUCUGUGGACGAGGAAAAUGAUCAAAGAAGAGAGGAAUGACCCUUUCUGGAGACACACAGGCUACGUGCUGGCACAGCUGGACGGGCUGUAUGUGGGAGCGCUGAAAAGGGCUACAGUAGAUAAAAUAAAGCCCAUGACGAUGACCCAAAUUCAGUUCCUGAAUGCCGUCGGUGACCUGCUGGACCUCAUUCCCUCCCUCUCCCCCAAAAAAGAGAGCAGCUUGAAGGUGUUUAAGAGAUGGGACAUGGGCCACUGCUCUGCAUUGAUAAAGGUCCUGCCUGGAUUUGAGAACAUCUAUUUUGCCCACUCCAGUUGGUACACGUACGCAGCCAUGCUCAGGAUCUACAAACACUGGGACUUCAAAAUCAACGACAAAUACACCACCAGCAGCCGGCUCUCCUUCAGCAGUUACCCGGGGUUCUUGGAAUCUCUGGAUGACUUCUACAUUCUUAGCAGUGGCCUGAUACUGCUCCAGACCACCAACAGUGUCUACAAUAAGACCCUGCUGAAGCUGGUGGUACCCGAGACCCUCCUGGCCUGGCAAAGAGUCCGCGUGGCCAACAUGAUGGCACAGGGUGGUAAGGACUGGGCAGAGAUAUUUUCCAAGUACAACUCUGGUACCUACAACAACCAGUACAUGGUCCUGGACUUAAAGAAGGUGACUAUCAAGAAGAGCCUUGGUGACGGUACUCUGUAUAUUGUGGAGCAGAUUCCUACAUACGUAGAGUACUCUGAACAAACCAAUGUCCUAAGAAAAGGAUACUGGCCUUCCUACAAUAUUCCUUUCCAUCAGAAGAUCUACGAAUGGAGUGGCUACCCAAGGCUGGUUAAGAAGCUGGGCUUGGACUACUCUUAUGACUUAGCUCCACGAGCCAAAAUCUUCAGGCGUGACCACGGGAAAGUGACUGGCAUGGCUUCCAUGAAACACAUCAUGCGAUACAACAAUUACAAGACGGACCCCUACAGUAAGGGUGACCCCUGCAACACCAUCUGCUGUCGGGAGGACCUGAAUGAAGCCAACCCAAGUCCUGGAGGUUGCUAUGACACCAAGGUGGCAGACAUCUUCCUUGCAUCUCAGUAUACAGCCUAUGCCAUUAGCGGUCCCACGGUAGAAGACGGUCUUCCUGUUUUUAGCUGGAGUCGGUUCAACAAAACUCUCCAUAAGGGGAUGCCUGAAGUCUAUAACUUUGAUUUUGUUACCAUGAGACCAAUUUUGACAUAGGACAAAAAAUGAAGGAUGGAGGAGGAAAAAGAAAGCUGUGAAUAAGAUACCAAACGCACUCUUUUAGCUAUAUUUUCCCAUCUUAAUAAAAAAAUAUUAAAUUCCCUUCCA